AUGGAGAAGGCCUCGCCGCUCGAGUGCUCGUCAGCCGUGAGCCACCAAGAGGCACUUUUUCGGACACAGGAACCGGCGUUUGCGUUCACAUGUGGUAACUGGACCCGUACCGGUUCUUCAUCAGCAAGCUUUGGUCAAGGCACUGGACGGAAUAGCAUACGUCUAUGGCGUGCGAGUCGGCUUCGUUUCACGGGCACUCGUCAAACGCAGCGUCUGUGUUGGCGGUCUGCAGUAGAGCCCUCUCGACGUGCGUUCCUGCGCACGCUGCUUGCGCUCUCCACUGGUUGCCUUCUCGCGCAAACCGAGACGCUUCGGGACGGACAGCUUCCGAUUGCCCACGCGUUUGUGGACUUUGAUGUCAACCGGUACGGAGAUAAGGAAAUCAGAGUUUCAACCCUGAACCGGCUGAAACAGAACUUAAGAAACGUUCUAUCCCAGUCGCCGCACUUAUUGGAACCUUUCGUACGCUUGGCGCUUGCCGAUGCCUUCACCUUCGACGAAAGUACCCAGGUCGGGGGUAGCAACGCCUCUAUUCGAUACGUUUUGGCGAAGCUGCAAGAGAACGGCCCUAGGAAGACUGCCAGCGCACCUGGUCUAUCGGGGUUACAAGAAGCGCUGAAGGCAUUGGAGCCUAUUCGUCCUUUCAUAAAAGAGGUAUCCUGGGCCGAUACCAUAGCCUACGCUGGCGUCGUGGCAAUGGAGCUUACUGGAGGUCCGCGAUUACGCGUCCAGAACGGCAGAGAGGACGCACCGGCAGAAAGACAACAACUCGUUUGGCAGCGUCUUCAGGAUGUUCCGGCUUACUGGCGCUUCCUGCACGGCAUCGAGGACAAUGCCAGCGACAACGACGCCGCUCUGGGACUAGAAGACAUGCGCGUGCUUCUGACGCGAUCCGGCCUUGUGUCCAGGAAUGAUAGGGAGCAGCAAACGCGUGCAGGCCUCCUUAUAAUCGGAGCGCUUGGCGAACUGAGGCGUCUCGAAGAGUCGCUGGGGUCGUCCGCCCCGUCACGAGGCACUGCCGCCCGAGGUGAGCGUUCCUCGUCAACAGGGCCGAUUCUCUCAGAGGACAUCGCCACCGUAACGUACGGUCGAGCGCGCAGCGAUCCUGCUGCCUCGAGGACAGUGGCCGUGAACACCUCCGUGCGUUCGUUGACGCUCGGCAAGGACCGCUUCAGCACUCGUUUUCUGCGAGAACUUGCAAGCCGCCUGCAUCGGCACGAAGCACAGAAUGCAACAGAAUUCUCAAUCGCUGCAGAUGCAGACGCAACGAAAGCGGUAGACACUCUGGGCAACUUGGGAGAUAAGGGGUUCGGGAAUGCUUUUGCGGAUCUCUAUCAGAAAGCCACACGAUUAGGAGCGCGCUAUAGCCGUAUCGACUUGCAGAAGUAG